AUGAUUCUGCAGAGACCACUUGACAGCGAAGUGGACGACCUGCAGCCCCUCAUCCGCAACUCUGUUGUCCUACUGGCGGAGCGCAUCUUGCUGGACUAUGAUUCACUUUUCAAACCCGGCACGUUCCAUCCUCGUUUCCAAGUGCGCCUGCCCCGCUGGGAGAACGCCCACAGCUACAAACCAUCGCGCAACACUCGAGUGGACAGUGCAACCAAGGCACAGUCUAUCAUCACGUCCUGGCAGUUGCAAGUGCCCGUUCCGAUAACCGCUGCAUCAUUGCCAUCACCUGAGCCGUCGACUCUAUCCUCCCGCGCUCAACCCAGUGUCGACCCUUCCCCACCGACGAAGCGUCGUCGGCUUACUUCUCCAUCUCAAGCAUCGGGCGACCCGUCCACCACGCGCUCUACUUCUACCUCGUCUACUAGGCCGCUCCACAUCACUUCGUCGCUUCCGGUCAUCGAAGAGCCUGCACCAGUCAUCCCAGAUGCUGCCAACGACGACAACCGCAGCAUCCCAAUCCCUGGCAUCACUUUGGCUUACAGCGAACUCAUCCAGAUGGAGGUUACCCAGCUUUCUGGAGGCUGGAGUGACCUGGCUCUCGUCACCCAGGGUACCCACUGUCUUUUCGAGAUCAAGCUGCUGUCAGCACUUACGACCACCGCCUUCGAGGCCUUCCUGCGAACACUCAGGCGCGCCCCUGUGGAUAUGUCCGCCACCGGCUUCGAGCCCAACCAGCCCUUGAAUCGAAGCAACUUGGCCGUCCACUUCACUUGGGGGCCAGACCCGCAGGCGGCUGAUGGCGGCCUUAGUGAGACGAUGCAGAAGGUCCUAGGACAGGUCUUCCAGCAACUUAUCCUCAAUCGAUGCCCUCGUCUAAUUCUCUCCAACUGGGACGUGUAUGUCCUCGUCUGGCUGGGCGCGGACGGGCGAGUCCACAUCUCCCGCGCCUUCAGUCGCGCACGCGACCACAACAGGCGCCUGCGUCCCAACAUGGACGAGUCGCCCCUCGAGCUCCUCGUUGCACUGCAAGUUCUGGUCGUGCGCCUAAUGCAAGCUGCCGACGCCGACACAGCGGCUGAAAAGGCGGAAUGUCUACAGGCCGUUGACCCCAUCUGGCAAUACGAUGGCGAGGAUUGGUUCCACAACGAUAACGCGAGGGCCAACAGCGUUUCGCAGCCCGUCGUAGGGCCAAACAGGAGUGGCGGCAAUGGCGGCGGUGGAUCCCGAGGCCGUCGCGGAAGCAGACCGUAG